AUGCCACCGCCCAACGAGUCAAUGUCGUUGUCGUACGUGGAGCGGUCGGCCCCGAGCAAGCGCAACGACAAAGUUCAGGCUUUCAACCGUGGCAAAGAAGCUGCGUUUGCGGAUGCCUUGGAGUUCUGCCGGCAAGGUCUGGGAAUCCUCGGCGAGGAGAUCCUUCUGAGCGUCCGUUCAGAGAUGCAGUCAACUGCGGAGCAGAUCAGGCUGGAGGUGGCUGAAGCGGUGGAGUCGAACCAGCUCAGUGUCUCUUCGAACUUGGAGCUGCUGCACACGCGCGUGCAGAGCCUGGCCAACAGUGAGAAUACGAAGCAGGCGCACUCCCACGAAAGUCGCGGCUUCGAUCAGAAUGAGGCGAGUCGCAAGCUUGUGAUGCGCCGGGAGGAGCAAAUUAUGCAGAUCCAUGAGCAGCUAUCUCGGAUGCUGGAGCAUUUCAGCAAAGUCCAGAAGAAAAGCGACAUGGACCUUUGCAUGCAGCACCUGGCGGGCAAAAUCGACGUCCAGAAGAUGCUGGAUGUGCAAACCAUGAAUCUAAUGCAAAAGAUUCGGGAGAUCCAGCUCAACAGCCCGGACCUUUCCAUGACCCUCCAG